AUGGCAGAAAUUCUUGAAUGGACUGUUAAAAAGUUUGAGCCAAAUAUUCGUUUACCUAAACAAAUGGAUAGUGAACAAGAACGCGUUUUAUUUGUUAAAAGUGUUGUGCUUUCUUUGUUACAAAAGGCGCAUGUUAAAUUAAAUCCAAAAAAUGUUUAUCAAUCAGAUGGCCAUGCAGUUAGAGAAAUACUUCCAGUACUUAAAAUGCUCUACAAAAGUUUAAAAACACAUAAUUUAUUGAAAUCUGAAAAUAAUGUUGGAAUAAAUAAAGAAGAAUCUACUCAAAUUAAUUUUUUAAGAAGCCAAGUUAAUUUGAAGGUGGGUAAGUUUAAUAAUGGAAUGGGUGAUUUCAAAAAAUUUAUAACAGAGGGAUUGUUAAGGCUUUUGAUUUAA